UGUUUGUUACUUGACUAUUUCUAUGGUGAACUAGUCAAAAAGAUUGUAUAUAUAGCAGUCUGUCUAGAGUGUAACAAGGUAUCUUCAUUAUAACAUCAGGAGUACGAGUACAGGAAUUAUAAAUACAGCUCUACACUUUGGAUAAGUAGAAAAGGAUGUCUCAACAGGACACAGAACAAAAUGGUUUGCAGUUGAGCGAAGAUUUCAUCCUGUGGAACCUUUGUGGAAGUAAUGAGGUGAAAGGGAUACGAACAAAGCCAAGCACAGCAGCCAAUAGAAAGUCGGAUCAACAAAUCAGCCAAUCAACAGACUGUACUUCCCUACAAGAAAGAAAUAUAAUAGAAUCACGUGGUAGUCCUACCACUAAAGAUCACAUGGUAAUGAUUGACAGCUUAGCGUAUAAAACCUUCCCUCCAGAGAUUCAGUUGUGUUGGUCGAGUAUACCUGGGUACAAGUUGGGUGUCAUAGCAACAUCCUUUAUUCCACAAGGAGUUUGGAUUGGUCCUUACCUGGGCAAACUGGUUGAACCGGACAAACUGGAAAGUCACGUUGAUGUGCAAGAUGGAACCAACUUAUGGGAGAUUUUCUACGAGAAUCGGUUGCUAUACUACGUCGAUGGCAGUGACGUCAAUACCUCUGGAUGGAUGCGUUUUAUUCAGUGUGCGCGCAGUUAUUUUGAACAAAACUUGAACGCGUUUCAGUACCACGGUUAUAUUUACUACCGAACAAUGCGUGAUAUUCAUGUUGGAGAGGAAUUAUUGGUGUGGUAUGAUAACAGCUAUCCUCAGUACAUGGGUAUACCUUUAAUGGCAGAACCAGGUGAUGAUAUAGAAACUCGUCUCCAAACUAAGACAAACACAAAAAGAAAGCUUUUUGACACUCAAAAGACUUGUUCAACCGCAGAAAGGACUAAAAUUCUUGUGAAUGAGGAGGAGGAUAUUUCAGCGGAAUCUCAAAAGAGUAACUCACCUGUCAAUGACAACAAAACGUCAAAGUUAAUGCUGAAAGAUUCCGUGCAUGAAGAUUACCAAGUCUUCAAAAGUAUGCAAGAAUAUGAAGAAAAUGUGCCUUCAACUGUUUCUGAAUCACGCAUAGAAUCUCUGUCUCCCCGUGGUAGUUGCAAUGGUACCGAUAUAAAACACGGAAACUUAAAAUGCGGUCAGUGUUCGAAGAGCUUUUUACAACGUAAUACACUUCAAAUGCACGUAUGCCCCAAACAAACGACAUCACCCUAUCAGUGUGGGUACUGCAACUUAACAUUUACCAACCCGUCAGACUUGAGGAGCCACGUGCUUAAACACGUGAGCGAGAAGCCAUUUAAGUGUGGAUUCUGUAUGCGUUCUUUCGUGGGCGCCACUACGCUGAAUAAUCACAUUCGAAUACAUACCGGUGAAAAGUCAUUUAACUGUCGAAAGUGUGGAGUGACGUUUUCUCAAGGAACUCAAUAUGCAUACAUACAUACAUACUUUAUUCGUCCUCUAUAUCAACCUAUCUUAUGUAACCAUGGGUCAUGUGGAUUAGUAGAGCCUACAGCUAAACGAAUCAAGAUGAAUGAUCGUACAUUUAAGGUGUCGUUCCAAGAUCUUCAGGAUUACUUAUUUGGAAAAAGAAAGUUGGGGGUCGCAAUAGAUUCUGAUAAGACAAUCAACGAGUCAGCGAAUCAAAAAAUCUCAAAGAUAACAAAAGACAUGCCAAAUAUAGUACGUCUUUGUCUGUCGAGUAUCCCUAGUGGAACUGGGUAUGGUAUCCAGGCCACCGAGACCAUACCUAUUGGAGCAUGGAUUGGGCCUUAUCAAGGCAACUUUGUUGAGCCAAACAAGGCUAGCGGAAUGGUGGAUUCAUCUUAUUUAUGGGAGAUUUUUAAGGACGGUAAGCUUUAUGGCUACAUAGAUGGAAGUGACGAGAACACAGCCAGUUGGAUGAGGUUCAUUCGGUGCGCGCGGCACGAGGAAGAACAGAACCUCUACGCCUUCCAGUACAUGAAUAAGAUAUACUAUCGCACGUAUAAAACCAUUGAACCUGGCCAGGAAUUAUUGGUUUGGUAUGACCAGAUGUACACACAGUACAUGGGAAUACCUUGUGAAGGAAUCUAUGAUAUAGCUUCAUCAAAUGGUGCAUCACAUGUUUUUGAGACAAGCGUCAAGGUAGCACAAGACAAGAUACCCACACCUCCUACCACACCUACAAAGUCUACGGACAAUCCCUUCACUAACCAGUCACUCAACGUAGCCUCUCCUAACAACAAAACCCCAAUCACCAGCCCGUCUGAUUCAAGUUCAUCAGAGUCAUCAACUCAGCCAAUCAAAAGGCUUAAAUUUCCAGAGGAUGUACCUAUAACCAAUCAGAAUGAGACAAGGAAAAGAGUCUUUGGAUUUCAGCCAAAUGGUUCACUGUCAAAUACAGACGAGAACCAAGCUAAAAGUUUAACAGCUUCAAACCCCAAAGAUCAUUUCGCGACGCCAAUCAGCGUCAAGCUGAAUAAUGCGCAGCCGCAGGCGGUAGACCCCAAAACCACGCAGCUCCAGUGUGGACAGUGCAAACAAGUCUUUAUUCAGCGCUCAAUCUUACAAACUCAUAUCUGUGCAGGCGUACUUUUGAAGCCAUAUCAGUGUGGACAUUGUAACGAAACGUUUUCUAAUCCUGGAUUGAUGCGCUUACAUGCUGUAACUCACCAGGGAAAGAAGCCAUUUAAGUGCGGCUUCUGCAUGCGUUCCUUCUCUGGCGCCUCUACUCUUAACAACCACAUUCGAACGCAUACCGGGGAAAAGCCAUUUCAUUGCUUAAAAUGCGGAAAAAGUUUCACUAAGGGGUUGCAGUUGAGCAGACAUAUCUUAAUGUGCCCGGGGACUGCGCGCCUUGUAACUAAAUAGCAUAUCUCCAAAUUGUAUAAUACUACUCUAAUUUCUUUAACUGAAAUGAAACGCGUAAAAGGUAUAAAAGAUACGAGGACAGCACUAGUUAUGAAGGUCUAGAGAUGUUGGUAAAUAAUGUUGUAAAUACAUAAGCUUGAAAUUAUCCAUUAAAAAAUAUAUAACUCUUA